AUGGCGGACGCGGCAGUCGACCCCGAGAUCGCUGGCGGCGGAGCGCUGCAGACGGCCAAGGAUCUCUUUGCCGGUGCAGCUGGUGGUAUUGCGCAGGUCCUCCUGGGCCAACCCUUUGAUAUUGUCAAGGUCCGCCUCCAGACCUCCACAACCGCAACAACAGCCGUCGACGCCGCCACCCAGAUCUACAAGAACGAAGGCCCCCUCGCCUUCUACAAGGGCACCCUCACCCCCCUCCUCGGCAUCGGCGCCUGCGUCUCCAUCCAGUUCGGUGCCUUCCACCAGGCGCGCCGCUACUUCGAGGCCGCCAACGCCGCCAAGGUCGGCAGCCCCGCGCUCUCGUACGGCCAGUACUACGCGGCGGGCGCCUUCGCGGGCGUCGCCAACUCCGUCAUCUCGGGCCCCAUCGAGCACGUGCGCAUCCGUCUGCAGACGCAGCCGCACGGCGCGGCGCGGCUGUACUCGGGUCCGCUCGACUGCGUGCGUAAGCUGUCGGCGCACGGCGGCGUGCUCAAGGGCCUGUACCGCGGCGAGGCGGUGACGAUCUGGCGCGAGGCGCAGGCGUACGGCGUAUGGUUCCUCGCGUUCGAGUGGAUGAUGAACGCGGACGCGGCGCGCAACAAGGUCGACCGCAAGGAGAUCCCCAGCUACAAGGUCGCGUGGUACGGCGGCCUCGCCGGCGAGGCCCUGUGGCUCGGCAGCUACCCGUUCGACGUCGUCAAGAGCAAGAUGCAGACGGACGGCUUCGGCGCCGAGCAGAGGUACAAGACGAUGCGCGACUGCUUCGCGCAGACGUACCGCGGCGAGGGGCUGAGGGGGUUCUGGAGGGGUAUCGUGCCGACUCUGCUGAGGGCCAUGCCUGUGAGCGCUGGUACUUUUGCGGUUGUCGAGAUGACCAUGAGAGCUAUCAACUAG